GACCGGAAGUACUUCAUUUGCCCCGGAUGUGUUAGUUGGCUACUGGAAGGCAGCGACUAGUAAGCUAGCGUUGACUGUGUUCUCAGUUGAUAUUACCAACAUUUGUAGCAUAUUAGUGUGAAUUUAAAUCCGUAUUCCCAACUUAAAUGAAAUAUGGGCACGAGCAUAUAAUUGACCUUGUUUAGAAAUUAAGAAUCAUGAGUCUGGCAGUCGGCCGGGAACCCAGAAAAACUGCGGGUAACCGUAUGUCAAAACUACUGGAUGCUGAAGAAGAGGACGAGUUCUACAAGACCACUUAUGGAGGCUUCAACGAUGAAUCAGGAGAUGAUGAGUAUCAUGGAGAACAUUCAGACACAGAGGACGAGGUGGACAGUGACUUUGACAUCGAUGAAGGAGAUGAGCCAGACAGUGACCAGGAGGAGGACGCACCUCGGAGGAAAAGUCGAGUUGUCACUAAAGCUUAUAAGGAACCUAUAAAGGUGGCAAAACCCAAACCCAAAAGACCCUCUGAGGAACAGAAGAAGACUGAGAAAACGAAAGUGGAGCUCAAAAGGAGGAUUCCACAAGAAUUCCAAGAUUUUAGUGAAACUCGGAAGUCUGUGCGACAGUCCACCAGUGAACAUACCCGAAAGACCAAUCUGCGCUUGCAAGAGCGUCAGGAUGCUCCUCGGAGAAGGAGAGGUGCUCAUCGUGACCGUCCGCUCACCCAGGAAGAAUUGCUGGCUGAGGCCAAGAUAACAGCUGAGAUCAACAUUCGAUCACUAGAGAAUUAUGAACGUCUGGAGGCAGACAAGAAGAAACAAGUCCACAAGAAGCGGCGUUUUGAGGGACCAACCAUCCGUUACCAUUCAGUCCUGAUGCCUCUGGUCUCUCACUCAGUCCUAAAAGAGGAAAAUGUAGAUGUUGAAGGGUUGGAUCAGGAUGUUCCUCAGACUGCACCACAGAAUCCCACCACACCUUCCCAGCAGCCUGCUGGUGGCUUGUGCUCCAGGACCUAUAUAACAUUCAGCGAUGAUGAGGCUUUCGAGGCGGCUUUUCCACCCAACGCGCAGUCAGUUCCUCAGCUUCCCAUCCAGGAGGUUUGUCCUGUCACCCACAAGGCUGCACUAUACCGAGACCCAGUCACUGACAUACCUUACGCUAACACACGAGCCUUCCGCAUCAUCCGGGAAGCAUACCGUAAAUACGUGGCUGCUCAUGGAUUUCCAAACGCUUCGGGAGGGGUGACGGGACUUGACUCGUCUGUGGCUAAGGGUGCUCGACAGAAAAUGGUUGUCAAGCAGAGUGCGGUUGCAACAUAAGUUAGUUUUAUGAAGAAUUUAGGAAAUACGUUUAUGUGUCUUUUUUAAAGUUCUCAGCUAAGAUAAAGUGACUUCAUUGCAUGACGUGAGAGAAAACCAUAAUGAGUCACUUUCCACAAAUACCGUUUUUUCAGACAGCUUUCUAAAGUUAGCUCUAAUCUCCGGUAUGGCAUCAGGAAUUUACUGAAAAAGUCACAGACAUUUUGGGAUUGAGUGAUCACUGUGCACACAUCACGUUACACUUACUGAAGCGAUGAAGGGUAAUAUUUUGCAAAUAUUUUCAGUGCUACUGUUGCCUGGACAAAAAACAAAAAAACAAACACUGAAAACCAUAACAGUUGCAGCAUUACCUUUAAGUGCAAAAAAACAAAACAAAAAAACAACUAACUUGUGAUGUCUCUGUGUAUGGGAGUCUGUUUUGUACAUUAAUAGACAAAUCCAGGUUGAAUGGAUGAAAAACUACGCCUUGGCUUUGGAAAUCAAAAUAGGUUUUUAUCUGCGUAUUGGCAGCUUUGAUUUUUAUUUUGAAUGAUUUGCCUUUUUUACUGUUAAGGUUUUUUGUUUCUACAAAUGUACAUACUCCUCAACAAAAGAAUAAAUAUUUGAAACUUUGAA